UCAAAAGGACGAAACGAUUUCAAGCAACAGAAGUGGUAUGAUUACAUCGACCGACUCAUGCGAGAAUGGUGCCUACGCUGUUCCUCCUGUUGGAGAUACCGGUAACAUACCUAACAUUCAGCAAAAUAACCUUUAUCUGAAUCCUAUACAAAACGCAAUACGAGAUCACAAUACGAUGUACGCGCAGAGAACCCUCGAAUCUGACCAGAACCACGGGCAAAACACGUCCAGCUACAAUCCGCUGUACCUGCCAAGUGACGAGAGCGCCAAUCCGACAUUCGUUUCCAAUCCUCAACCAAAAAGCCGUUUGCUCGAAACGUCAGAGCCACAAAUCUUUGAGACUUCGUCAGUGACUGUUGGAGAAACGGCCGAAGCUGUCACCGUCGUUUCAGCACCAGCCACAGGAAACGAAGACCUAAAAGACGAUACGGCACAAGGACGUCCGGGCACUGGAAAUGAAGAAUCUGCCUCCUCCAGACAAGCAGACAUUGAUGACAGUAUACAGCCAUAUGCAGUUCGAUAUCACGAUGAUGAUAUGUUAACGAGCAGUGCAAGUCAGAACGGAGAAACAGAUGUUGUCACUUCAGAUGACGUCGACAUUCAACCUUACGCUGUCGCAUACAUGGGCCAGGAUGACGUGGCAAGUUCGGAAGAAACUCGGACAAAGGAUGCCUCUCAUCAUCCUUGCUCUCAUAAAAGAGCAGCAGCUUCAAACUCCUCACCGGUUGGUACUGAAGAUUCAGCCGAUUCUAAAAACGACCUGAUCACGAAUCAGAUGUACCAGCCGGGACAACCAGCUGCUUCUUUCGGGUCUCGAUAUCGCCGCACGUGUCUUGCUGUAUUCAUGACCACUCUCGUAGUGUCUUCGAUCCUCGGUGGAAUCUUAAGCGUGGUACUCAACUUGACCAUACCAGAAUCCACAACGAUCUUGCCUACCAAUGACUCAUCUUUAGUAGCAACACCAACACUGCCAUCGGCCCUUACGAGCUCACAAGGUAAUUUUCUUCAACUUCUAGAAACCUUACCUUAGACCUUCCCGCAACACUGUUGCAUUGGUCAACUCGGUGAGCUUAUUUUCUCCAUAGGGUACGGUCUUGCGCUGCUACUGCCAUAAUUUCCAUGUUGUUCAGACCCAUAUCUCUUCUGUCAUUUAAGAUGGUUCAUCUUAUUGUAAUAAUUGGUUAGGUGCUAAACAUGUCUGACAAAUGUCCAUCUUCUUUUUCUGACCAUCUCACUGGCUAAAGGCACCUUACCUCUUCGCAUGACCUCUUCAUUUGUGACGUGGUCACGCCAGGAGAUGCCUAGGAUUGUCCUAAGCCAAUUUGAAUUCUAGAAAAAGGACUAUAAAAAACAUUUUCUCGUGUUCUUAAUGUCGGUUUUACGUUCUUCAUAUUGUACAGUGGCUGGAUUUGGUGCUAAUGACUCA